UAUCUACGCAAGACCAACAACCUCAAAUUUUACACCUUUAACCUUUGUACUGUUCUCUUUUCUACCACAAAAAUAAGCAAUUAAUUUUAUAACAAUCAAAAUGUUCGCUCGUAGAAGUCUUCAAUCAUUGAAACUCCUAAAAAACUACUCAACAGGAACAAGUACUGUAAAUGCAGUUGUUGAUGAGUUGGGCAUUGCUACGGUAACUCUACAGAAUGCACCAGUCAAUAGUUUGAAUUUGAAAUUGGUAACUGAAUUGUCUGAUACUUUAAAUUCCUUAGAGAAAAAUAAAAGUCGAGGUCUGAUUUUGAAGUCGUUUUCGGAUAAAGUAUUUUCUGCAGGAAUUGAUUUGUUUGAAUUAUAUAAACCUAAAGAGGACCGCAUGAAGCAAUAUUGGACGGCUCUGCAGGAUUGUUGGAUAAAUCUUUAUGGAUUCAGUGCACCUACUGUUGCUUGCAUUAAUGGUCAUGCACCAGCAGGAGGUUGUUUAUUAUCACUUUGCUGUGAAUACAGAGUUAUGCUAAAAGAUAGAACUAUUGGGCUUAAUGAAACUAAGUUGGGUAUAGUAGCUCCCCCAUGGUUUAUAGCAUCAAUGGAGAAUGUUAUUGGUCGAAGACAAAGUGAAUUGGCUUUAACAAGUGGAAAAAUGUUCACAACUGAGGAGGCAUUAAGGGUUGGUUUGAUUGAUGAAAUUGCAGAAGAUUCUGAAGAUGCCAUAAAUAAAUCAAGGGCAUUCUUCAAACUGUUUGAAAAAGUUGCUCCUUCAGCUAGAUCUGCUACAAAACAUUUGAUAAGGAAAAAAACUAUUCAGGAUUUGGUACAAAAUAGAGAAGCAGACCUGAACCUCUUCUGUAAAACAGUGAUGCAAGAGCGAGUUCAGCAAGGAUUAGAACUAUACAUAAAAUCCCUCAAGAAAGGGCAAACAUCUGGUUGAUUGUACAUUUUAUUAUCAGAUCACAAAAAAGUGUUAUUUUUAUAAAUAUAUUAAAAUAAUUUUAUAUUAAUCAAAAAUAGUCACAUGCAA